CCCCCCCCCCCCCCUCAGGACCCGCCCCGGGAUAUGUGGUCGGCUUGGAGAAAGGGGCGUGGCCAAUGCGGGGCGGGCUGUGUUAUUAGAAACCGAACGGGGGAGCAGGGGAGGGGGUGGGACCCCCGAAAAUCCCGGGAACUCCAUGGGAAACCCCCAAAAUUCCGGAAUUCCAUGGAAAUCCCCAAAAUCGGGACCCGAGACCCGCCGAAAUCCCUCAGAUUGUGAUAAAAAUUUGAUUUUUCAGGAAAUCCCCAGGUUUUAAUGCUUCAAAUUCAGAUAAGAAUUUGAUUUUUCAGCAAAUUCAGUGCUUUUAAUGCCUCAGAUUUAGGAAAAAAAAAAAAAAAAAAGGUUUCCCAGCGAAUUCCUGAAUUUUAUUGCUUCAAAUUGGGAUAAAAGUAGGUUUUCCAGACAAAUCCCAGUUUUACAGCAUAAGUCCCAGGAAUUUCCUGGAAAAUAAAUUUUUAAUCCCAUUUUGGGGCAUAAAAAUGGGAAUUUCCUGGAAAACCAACUUUUUAAAAUCCCAAAUUGGGGCAUUAAAAACUGGGAAUUCUGUGAAAAAUCAACUUUUAAUCCAAAUUUGCCGUGGGGGCACCUGGAGAUAUUGGUGACAUUGGGGACUGGGGUUGGGGACGCCAAGAGACACCAAGACCAGGACUGGAAACACCUGGGGACAGAUUUUGGGGACACCUGGGGACAUCAAAACUGGCUCUGAGGAGAUUAGGGACAUUGGGGACAGGGUUGGGGACACCUGAGGACAUCAGGGACAGAGCUCAGAACACCGGACCAGGAUUUGGGGACACCAGAGGACACAAGGACAGGGGUUGGGGAUACCUGGGGACAUCAAGGACAAGGUUGGGGACAUCUGGACCAGGCUUGGGGACAUCUGGGGAUGUUUGGAAUCCAGUUGAGGACGCCUGGGGACAUCGGGGACAGGGUUGGUGACAGCUGGGGACACCAAAACCAGCACUGGGGACACUGGGGUCAUUUGGGACAGGUUUGGGGACACCAGGACAGGGUUUGGGGACACUGAGGUACACUGGGGACAGGGUUAGGGACACCAGGACAGGGGUUGGGGACACCUGGGGACACCAGGAUCAGGGACACUGGGGACAUCGGGGACAGAUCUGGGGACACCUGGACGGGGUUGGGAACACGUGGGGACACCAGGAAUGGCUUUGGUGACACCGGAGGAGGGUUGAAGACACCAAGGAGGGGGCAGUGACGUGGCCCCGAUGUCACCCCGUGUCCCCAAGAUCCCCCCAAUGUCCCCAAAUGUCCCGAGCCGUUGGGGGAGGGGAAGGAGACGGAGGGGGGCGUGUUUUGGCCAGUGACGUCACGCCGGAUGAGGCGGUGCAUUCCGGUGUGACGUCACCGCUCGGAGCCGCGGCGGGGCUGCGGCAGCCUGGCCCAGGUGGCCCGCCACGUCCCCGCAGGGUGAUGGCACCAGGCCGGGUGCGGAUCUCAUUCCCGCGGCAUGCACCGGCACUGCUGGACUCGCUGAACCGCCUGCGGCUGCAGGGCAAGUUCUGCGACGUCGCUGUCCAUGCCGGCGGCCGCGUCUUCGCCGCCCAUGGCAGCGUGCUGGCGGCUGCCUCGCCCUUCUUCCAUGACAAGCUGCUGCUGCACGCCGGGCCACGCCUGGCGCUGCCUCCCGCUGUCGACGCUGGUGCCUUUGAGGGGCUGCUGGAGCUCAUCUACUGCGGCCGGCUGACCGUGGCCGCAGAGGCGCUGCCUGGCCACCUGCUGGUGGCCAGUGCACUGCAGAUGUGGCACGUGGUGGAGCGGUGCUCGCAGAUCCUGAGGGAGCUGGAGGGGGCCAGGGCUGGCCAUGGUUGUGGUGGGGCAUUGGCAUCAGCAGGGAACGUCAGUGGUCAUGAUGGGUCGUCAGCAUCAACAUCGGCAAGGAACAUCCAUGGUCAUGAUGGGUCAUCAGCGUCAACAUCAGCAAGGAAUGUCUGUGGUCAUGAUGAGGCUUCAGCAUCAUCAUUGAAUGUUCGCGGUCCUGAUGGGUCAUCAUCAUCAUCAUCAUCAAGGAAUGUCCGCGGUCAUGAUGAGGCAUCAGCAUUGUCAUUGAAUGUCCGUGGUCCAGAUGGGUCAUUGUCAUCAUCAUCAUCAUCAUCAUCAUCAUCAAGGAAUGUCCGUGGUCAUGAUGGGUCAUCAUCGUUGUGGAACAUCUGUGAUGGUCACGAGUCCAUCCGUGGGCUUGAUGGGUCUUCAAGGGCUGUCCAUGGCCAUGAGGGAUCUUCGUCUUCAUUGUGGGUCAGCCACGGCCAGGAAGGAUCUCAGUCGUCAUCUUUAUCAAGGGCCAUCCAUGGUCGUGAAGAGUCUUUGUCAUCAUGGAACAUCCAUGAUGGAGAUGAGUCCAUCUGUGGUCUUGAUGGGUCCAUCCAUGAUCAUGAUGGGUCUUUAAGGGCCAUCCAUGGGCUUGAUGGGUCUUUGCCAUCAUCAUCAUCAUCGUUACGGACCAUCCGUGGUCAUGAAGGGUCUUCAUUAUCAUUGUCAAGGACUGUUCGUGUUCGUGACGGGCCAUCAUCAUUGUGGAAUGUCCAUGAUGAAGAUGAGUCCAUCCGUGGUCUUGAUGGGCAUUCACCGUCAUCAUCAUCAUCAAAGGCCGUCCAUGGCUAUGGUGGGUCUUUGCCUUCAUCGUCGUCAUCAUUGCAGACCAACCACAGCCAAGAAAGAGCUUCAUUGUCAUCAAAGGCCAGCCAUGGUCAUGAAGGGUCUCCAUUGUCAUCGUCACGCACCAUCCGUGGUCCCAGUGGGUCAUCACGUGCCAACCGCAGUGGAGAAAGAUCUUCAUCAUCCUCUCCCUCCUUGUGGACCCUCCAUGGUGGCCCCACGGCCCCACGGCUCAACCGUGGCGGAAAAGGACCUUCAUCAUCAUCAUCGUGGGGUUCCCAUGAUGCUGAGGGGACAAUCCAUGGUGACAUCAGGGCGAUCCAUGGUGGUGAUGGGACCAUCCAUGGUGACAUUGUGACAAUCCAUGAUGACAGUGGGACAAUCCACGGUGACAUUGUGACAGUCCACGGUGACAAUGACCCUUCCUCCUCCUGGGCCACCUGUGCCACCACUGAGGAGCUCCUCCAGCUCCACGUGGCCACUACCACAUCCCCGUCCCUGCCAUCCCAGGAGAUCCUCAAGAUCCGUGUGGGGGGUGACGAUGACAAUGACGAUGACAAAGACCACAAGCGUCUCCCGCCAGACACUGCCACCGCCGCCGCUCUGCCCAUGCCACCGGACCCACCCGCCAUCUUCUACAUCAAACCUGAGCCGGCUGCCGCCACAGCCACCACGCCGGACAUCCCACCGCCCACCGAGCCACCGGUGCUGCCCGGCUGGACGCCAGUGGACCUGCAUGGUAACGAGCUGCCGCGGCGCGGCGGGCAGCCGGCACACGCGCCGGUGAAGCUGGGCACCGCGCCGGCCGACGGGAAGCGCUUUGGCUGCGCCUGCGGGAAGCGAUUUGCAGCACGGCCCAAGCGCGACCGACACAUCCUGCUGACCCUGAGCCUGCGGCCCUUCGCCUGCGCCCGCUGCCCAAAGCGCUUCAAGCUCAAGCACCACCUGGGCGAGCACAUGAAAACUCACCGCGCCGACCGCGGGCGAGGCCACGGGGGCCGGGGUGCGGCCGGAGACCAGUACGGGCCAGUACGGACUGGUACGGACCAGUAUGGAGCAGUGCUGGGCGUGUGAAUGACCAGUAUGGACCAGUACAGACCACUAUAGACCAGUGUUGGGUGUGUGAGUGAUCAGUACAGACCAGUAUGGACCUGUAUAGACCAAUAUGGACCAGUAUAGACCAAUAUGGACCAGUAUAGACCAGUGCCGGGCGUGUGACAGACUGGGAUGGAUCAGGACUGAUAUGGACCAGUAUGGACCAGAGCCGGGUGUGUGAGUGACCAGUAUGGACCAGUACAGACCAGUAUGGGCCAGUGUUAGGCCAGCUAGUGACCAGUACAGACCAGUAUGAACCCAUGGUCCAUACUGUGCUGGGCCUUUGAGUGACCAGUAUGGACCAGUACAGACUAGUAUGGGCCAGUGGUGAGCAUCUGAGUGACCACUGCAGCUCCCAGACCAGUUAAAGGCUCUGGUCCCAGUUCAGGCCCUGGAGUGCUUUUGGGGGCGCUGCCAGUUCACGCUCUACUGGUCUGGGCCUAGUUUCGCUUUUAGUCCCGCCCCCUCGAUCCCCAGCCAAUCAGCGCUCCUGUUCUGGCAUAGCAGCCAAUGGGAGUGCGGAAGGGGCGGGAUUUAGUUAUCAUGGGAACCGGGCUGCCGGGUCGAUAUGGCAACAAGCGAGGGCGCUUCUGGGUUCAUUCCCGCCCUCUCUGCUCUCGACCAAUCAGCGCUCGCGGAGCCCAGCGGAACAGCCAAUGGCGAUGGGGGGCCGGGAGCGGCGUUGCCACGGCAAUGGGGGCAGCCGGGCCUGGAGCCGCAAUGGCGGGAAAAGGGAGAAGGAAUAAAGGGAAUGAAGGGAGUGAAUAACGGGAAUAAAAGGAAUAAAUAAAGGGAAUGAAAGCAAUAAA